AAUAAAAUAAAAUGUUUGAUAAUUUUUAAAAACAAAUAAAAUUUUGAAAAUUCAUAAAAGAAAAUGACAACUCCACCACAAGUGUUGAUCAAUAAAAAUAAAAAACAUUUCUUAGGCGUUCCAGCACCACUUGGAUAUGUAGCCGGUGUUGGUCGAGGGGCUACAGGUUUUACGACACGAUCUGAUAUCGGUCCAGCUAGAGAUGCAAAUGAUGUUUCUGAUGAUCGACAUGCUCCACCGGCAGCCAAACGUACAAAGAAGAAAGAGGAAGAAGAGGAGGACGAAGAAGAUUUAAACGAUUCAAAUUAUGAUGAAUUUAGUGGAUAUGGUGGUUCGUUAUUCUCAAAAGAUCCAUACGAUAAAGACGAUGCUGAAGCGGAUGCUAUAUACGAAGCAAUCGAUAAACGUAUGGAUGAAAAACGUAAAGAGUAUCGUGAAAAACGUUUACGUGAAGAAUUAGAACGGUAUCGUCAAGAACGUCCAAAAAUUCAACAACAAUUCUCCGAUUUAAAACGUGAAUUAAUUUCGGUAACGGAAGAUGAAUGGCGUAAUGUUCCUGAAGUAGGCGAUGCACGAAAUCGUAAACAACGUAAUCCAAGAUCCGAACGUUUUACCCCACUUCCCGAUAGUGUACUUGCACGGAAUUUAGGUGGAGAAUCAAGUAGUACAAUUGAUCCUUCGUCGGGUUUAGCUAGUAUGACACCUGGAAUUGCUACACCAGGAAUGUUAACACCCACCGGGGAUAUGGAUUUACGAAAAAUUGGUCAAGCCCGAAACAACUUAAUGAAUGUAAAAUUAUCACAAGUAUCGGAUUCUGUGGUUGGACAAACUGUUGUAGAUCCUAAAGGAUAUUUAACCGAUUUACAAUCAAUGAUUCCUACUUAUGGAGGGGAUAUUAAUGAUAUUAAAAAAGCACGACUUUUAUUGAAAUCAGUUCGUGAGACAAAUCCUAAUCAUCCACCAGCUUGGAUAGCCAGUGCACGUCUUGAAGAAGUUACAGGGAAAGUUCAAGCGGCACGUAAUUUAAUUAUGAAAGGUUGCGAAGAAAAUCCACUUAGCGAAGAUUUAUGGUUAGAAGCAGCUCGAUUACAACCACCAGAUACUGCAAAAGCUGUGAUUGCUCAAGCUGCAAGGCAUGUACCGACAUCUGUACGAAUAUGGAUUCGAGCUGCUGAACUCGAAGAUGAAAUUAAAGCUAAACGUCGAGUAUUUCGUAAAGCUUUGGAACAUAUCCCAAAUUCCGUACGUUUAUGGAAAGCUGCUGUUGAAUUAGAAAAUCCAGAAGAUGCGAGAAUUUUACUUUCACGUGCUGUUGAAUGUUGCUCCACGUCCGUUGAGCUUUGGUUAGCUUUAGCACGUUUAGAAACUUAUGAUAAUGCACGUAAAGUUUUGAAUAAAGCACGAGAAAAUAUACCAACCGAUCGACAAAUUUGGACGACGGCCGCAAAAUUAGAGGAAGCAAACGGAAAUAUUCAUAUGGUGGACAAAAUUAUUGAUCGUGCAAUUACAUCGUUAAGUGCAAAUGGUGUUGAAAUUAAUCGGGAUCAUUGGUUUAAAGAAGCUAUCGAAGCGGAAAAAGGAGGUCAUGUUCGCUGUUGUCAAGCUAUUGUUCAAGCUGUUAUCGGCUAUGGUGUGGAACCUGAAGAUCAGAAACAUACUUGGAUGGAGGAUGCUGAAAAUUGUGCAAAUCAAGGAGCUGUCGAAUGCGCACGUGCUGUCUACGCUCACGCGCUUGCAACAUUCCCUUCAAAGAAAUCCAUAUGGUUAAGAGCUGCAUAUUUCGAAAAGAAUCAUGGAACUCGAGAGAGUUUAGAAACAUUAUUACAACGUGCUGUAGCUCAUUGUCCAAAAUCUGAAGUUCUAUGGUUGAUGGGUGCCAAGAGUAAAUGGUUAGCUGGUGAUGUUCCAGCCGCUCGUGGUAUUCUAUCAUUAGCGUUUCAAGCAAAUCCAAAUUCUGAGGAGAUUUGGUUGGCUGCCGUAAAAUUAGAAUCCGAAAAUUCUGAAUACGAACGAGCACGACGUUUACUCGCCAAAGCUCGUGCUUCAGCUCCAACACCUCGCGUUAUGAUGAAAUCAUCGAAAUUAGAAUGGGCACUAAACGAUUUAAAUGCUGCACUGAAUUUAUUAGACGAAGCAUCGAAAGUAUUUCCAGAUUUUGCGAAAUUAUGGAUGAUGAAAGGACAAAUUGAGGAGCAAAAAGGGGAAAUUGCACAAGCAUGGGAUACAUAUUCGGCCGGAAUUAAAAAAUGUCCCAGUUCAGUUCCUUUAUGGUGUUUGCUGUCGCGAUUAGAAGAACGUCGUGGAAUGCUUACAAAAGCUCGUUCGGUUUUGGAACGUGCACGUUUAAAGAAUCCAAAGAAUGAUAAAUUAUGGUUAGAAGCUGUACGAGUAGAAUUACGUGCAGGUCUCAAAGAUAUUGCACUAACAAUGAUGGCAAAAGCGUUGCAAGAAUGUCCAAAUUCUGGUAUAUUAUGGGCAGAAGCAAUCUUUUUAGAAUCACGUCCACAGCGUAAAACUAAAUCAGUGGAUGCACUUAAAAAGUGUGAACAUGAUGCAAAUGUUUUGCUCGCUGUCUCGAAAUUAUUUUGGAGUGAACAUAAAGUACAAAAAUGUCGUGAUUGGUUUAAUCGUACCGUGAAAAUAGAACCGGAUUUAGGCGAUGCAUGGGCGAAUUUUUAUCGUUUUGAACAGAUUCAUGGUACACCCGAACAACAGGAGGAAGUUAAACAGCGUUGUAUUACCGCUGAACCACAUCAUGGUGAGUUAUGGUGUCAAGUUUCCAAGAAUAUUAAAAAUUGGUGUUUAAAUAUCGAACAAAUUUUGAAUUUAGUUGCAAAAGAAGUUGUUGUACCCAUUUAAAGUUAAUAAAUUUUUUUUUUUGAA